AUGGUCACAUAUUUCUUCCUCACAGGAUUCCAGAACAUUGACAACUACAAGACACUUUUCUUUAUAUUCAUACUUAGCAUUUAUGCCAUGACUGUAAGUGGAAACCUUCUAAUUGUCACCUUAGUGUCCUCCAGUCACCUUUCACAGUCCCCCAUGUACUUCUUCUUGAGCCACCUGUCAGUUUGUGAUUUCCUGUUCUCCUCGAAUAUUGUCCCCAACAUGAUGCACAUCACAUUAGAAGGUGGCAGCACCAUGUCAUUUUCUGCUUGUCUUAUCCAGUUCUAUAUGUUUGCUUCAUGCACUGCUACUGAAUGCUAUCUGCUUACUGUCAUGUCUUUUGACCGAUUUGUAGCCAUCUGUGUCCCAUUACAUUACACCAUAGUAGUGAACAGUAAGUUGUGCCUCCAUCUGGCAAUAUGGUCAUGGUUACUUGGCUUUCUAUUUGUCCUGAUAACUGUCUUAUUAAUUUGUCAGUUGGAUUUUUGUGGUAGCAUGACCAUCGACCACUUCUAUUGUGACUUCAUUUCCAUGCUUCAGCUUUCUUGCUCAGAUGUAUCACCUGUUGUCCUAGAAACAUUUUUCUUUGCCAUUGUCAUAGUCCUAUUGCCUUUCCUGACUGUCUUAGGUAGCUAUGUAUCCAUUUUCUGGACAAUUAUUGGGAUACCAUCAUCUACAGGAAGAAAGAAGACCUUCUCAACUUGCAGCUCCCACCUACUCGUUGUAGGUACCUACUAUGGCUCACUUCUUAGCAUAUAUUUAUUUCCUUCAGGCGGCCACUCUGAAAACAUUAAGACACUAUCUCUUCUGUACACGUUGGGGACACCAUUGUUAAAUCCACUGAUUUAUUGUUUCAGGAACCAAGAAAUCCAAAGGCAGUUUUCUAGAAUUGUAUUUUUUAAGAAAAAUAUCCAACCAUUUCUCAGCUAG